UUCCGGUUUGCCAGAGUCACGUGAAUCAGCAAAAGCGCCAAACUUUGAACGCGCGCAGUCGAGGGGUCAUUUCGACAAAAUAUGACGCAGCACCACAUACCUAUAAUCAUUUUGAGCGAUGAAGAUGAUGAUGAAGGUGACUCCUUGAUGGCCCUCAACGAUUCCUCUGUGCUUAUCGUUGAAAAUGAGAGGAACGAAGCAGAUAUAUCCAAACAUAUUGAGGAGUUGGAUGAGGACUUGGCCAUCACAUACUCCCAAACAGCAAUAGUGCUUCCACAUGCUAGAUACGACUGCACCCUGGCUUUCUGUCGGGCAGAACAGGACGUCUCAGGACCUCUACAAAAUAAUGCAAAGCACUGUGAUCAGUGUUUUUGCUACAUCUGUGACAAACUGGCCUCCACGUGUGAGUUUUGGACCAUCCCCGGCAUUUGCCACUGUAAUAGCCAUAAGCACAGCGUCUACUGGAAGGCCCUCCGGGAUAAGAGCCUGAUGGGAUAUCUGCACGAGCUGAACUUCUCCUUUGAGCCGCUGGAUAUGGAUUCAGACCUACGACGUGCAGAGGCUUCACUGCACAAAUUUGCUGGUAGUUUGGCAAUGAAGUAUGCAACUUUCUUGUUGGGGUUUGAGAAUUCGAACCGUCCAGGCUGUCGGUGCAUCUGUCACCGCAACAAUAACGACACUACACAGUGUCAAGCCUUUGGAUGUAAAGGAUGCCAUAAACAUCACUUUAAGAUUCUGGAGUUUGAUUACACUGUUGUGAGUCAACAUAUCAAACUGUUUUUUAAUGAAGCAAAGAAAGAGAAUCCAAAGGCUUCUGUUGUGAUGCUAUUAGGCGCUAUCAAGCUGUUCGUCACUCACACUGUUCCUGGAAAUGUACAUGCUGCUAUCACUGUGUCUGAAACCGUGUCAAUGCUCCUGUGGAGAUUUAUGACGAAGGUGUGGACGCUUUUAGUUGACUUCGAUUUUUCCAGCACUUUCAUAAAGCAACUGGAGUUUUUCUUCCUGGGGCUUCCUCUGCCUUCAAACUCCACAUUGCCAAAAAGUCUGAGUGUGCUUCCUUGGGAUGACCCCUUGCUUUCUGGCGUGAUAAAAGGUCAAAAUAUCACUGGAGAGAGGCAUGUCAAAGGUCGAAAGCAUCAAGUCUUGUAUGAACCUCUGAGCGUGAUUCAAGCGAGAGUCUGUAAACUUCAACAACAAAACAAGUACCGUGAGCUGGCUCGCUAUCUGAAAGUUGUCAGAAGUACCAAUAAUCCCACGCUGCAGAAAAUGAGAGACUUGGUUCCCCUCUACCUGUGCAAGGUUGCCGACUACAGUGGUGCGGUCCACACAAUGUUAUCGCCAAUGCUCGGUGCCUCUUGCCCCGCCUCCCGACUCACACCUCCACAGUUCAAAGCUUACCUCAGAAUUUUUACAUCAGGCCAAGUCCCUGAUAUACCACAACAAGAAUUUGAUCCAGGAAAUGACCAUAUUAUCAUACCUGAUCCUUUACUGAGCACCAAGUGGACACCCAUUGAAGGUUUAAAUUCAUUCAAGAUGAUGGAGGUUUUGAAGUUUGCACUGAGGGUUCUGGACUGUAACGCUGCUGUUUUUGCAAAUUCAGAAACCUGGGUGUAUCUGCUAAGCGUUGUCAGUUCCAGUUUUAUUACUCCAGAUGGUCUUGUCGUUGGUGCAUUCUAUGCCGAGCCUGACGUCACCUUUCAAGUGGUGACCAAAGACACUGCCAAUACAAUUCUCAAGGAGCUGACACUGACUUCCCGUAUACAGAUCCCCAAAACCUUUGAGAAUGGUUAUCCUGACCAGGCUAGACUGCUGUUAGCAACUCAGGCUUUGGUGCUGCGCAUUUUCCACUCUCAGCUCAGCCCCAUCCUCGAUGUCAUAAUUUCCUUCAGGUUCAACCACUGGGCGCUCCGUUGGUUCUUCAACAGUUUGCUGGGGAGGCCGGAUGUGCUGCACUACCUCCUGUGCUGUCUUCUGCAGGAACUUUCUCAUGAGGAGCAGUACCAACUCAUUCAGGGAACAUGGAGUGAAACUGAACAUUCCCUAGUUGCAUCCUUCCUCUGCUUGUACUUCGUGGAAAACAGUGUGGUUCUAGACUCCCACACCUAUCCCAUCAAUAGCUUGCUUGCCACUUGGAAUGAAUUGUACUGCCCUUGGCAAUUAAGCUUGAGACUGCAACUUGAAAGCAAUGUGGCCAGACUUACUACAGAAAAGCAUAAAAUCCUGCAAAAAAUCCAACGCCGAGGAAAAUAAGCCUGACCAACAUCCUGAACAAAUGAACAUGCACUGCAUUUCAUUCCAUGCAAUAAGUUUGGAUGAGAUCUAUGUUUCAUUUAUCCUUUAUUAUCUGCUGGGGAAAUGUUUUAUCCCAAUGUUUUUGUUUGGCAAAGUGUAAGACACAAUUCUUGACUUCGCUUUCAGACUCACUUCUAAUAUAACGGACAUUUUUCAGGCAAUUCAGUUAUUCAGAAUUUUAAAACUGUAAAAAUUAAGAACUAUCUUUAUUAUGUAUAUAUUAACAUUUGACUUUUUGACAAAAUGGAAGAACUGUACAGUUUUAAUGUACAGAAAGAGUGCCUCUAAUAUUUUCAAAGGUUAUAAGCGGUAGUUCAAACAUUUUUCAUUGCCAAGUUUUUUUCUUUUUUGGGGAAAUGACCAGUAUUUUGUAACAUUACAGUACUGUGAUUAAUAGCUGGAGCAUGUAAAGCACAAUUAUAUUCAGAAACAGAACAAUAUACAAAUCUUUGAACAUCAGCAGUAAUGCAAAUAAAUGACAGUUUAAAAUGCAA